AAAACAGUUAAUGUAGCUUCUCCACUAUUUUUGUGUUCUUCGACUGAAAGAAGAAAGUUGGAAAAAUUAAAAUGUUUGGAGAUUAUGAAGCUAAAGCUGUUUUCAGUCGAAGUGUCUAUCUUGCCUUUUACAAACCAUCAAAUAAAUAUGUUGCACUUAAAAGAAUAUCAGCUGAUAAUACCACAGAUGAAGAGAUGUCUCGGGUAUGUCAUGAGAUUUCGUAUCUAAGGGAAUUAAAUCAUCCAAACAUUCUCACAAUCGAAUCGGUUUUUGUCAAGAACUUCGAUAUCAAUAUCAUUUUUCCUUUCUACUGUUUUGGAAGUUGUUCGGAAGCUAUAAAGAAUUUUUUCUUUACUGGCUUUCCAGAAAUAAUAGCAGCUUUGAUUCUUCGUGAUAUGUUAACAGCCUUAGAUUACCUGCAUAAGAGGGGAAUUGUUCAUAGAUCGAUUAGAGCAUCUAAAGUGCUAUUAAAUCAGACCUCAGCUGUGUUAAUGGGAUUCAGAGAUGCGACAUCAUUAAUGCUUAAUGGAAAACGUAUUAAAUGUCUUCACAGUCUUCCUCAAUCAAAAAAAUCAGUUAAUUGGUAUGCGCCGGAAAUUUUAGAACAAAAUCUUAUCGGAUACUCAGAGAAAUCAGACAUUUAUAGUGUUGGAAUAACUUGUUGUGAAUUAGCUAACGGAAUUGCUCCAUUUGCUGAUCUUCCAUCGACUUUAAUGCUUACUGAGAAGAUUCGUGGUAAUCAACCAUCACUUCUCGAUUGCUCAACAUUUCCCACAGAUGAGAUCAUUGCACAAGCCAUGGAAAGUGGAAUAGGAAUUGGAGAAGCUUGGGCUGCAGAUCAAACACGUCAAAUAUAUUCCAGUCGAAGUCUAUCAGAUCAUUUUCAUAAGUUUGCUGAACAAUGUAUGGCAAGAUUUCCCGAUAAUCGUCCAACCGCUCAAUAUCUUCUCACACAACAUCAAUUCUUCAAACAGUGUAGGCAUACAUCGUUAGAAGAACAACUGAAAAUAUUCCUUGAACCAGUUGACUUUGACAGAAUUGACACAGACAAUCUGGCACAGAAACCAGACAUCGAUGAGUUGAGUAAAGGAAUCAAUGAGAAAAUGAAUAUCAAUGACACUAUCGAAAAAAAUCGGAUCCUUAUUCCUAAAUACCUAAAUAUUCUUACUUCAGCACCUCAAUUGAUGAAAGAAAUGAUCGAAAUCUUAGAUUUCUUUAUUGUUUAUUUUGGCGGGAAAUCUUCACUAUGUAGAAUUAUAGAAAACUGCUUCGUCAUCAGCAGAAAUAAAAUGGAUAACAUUUCAAUCAAUUCUACAACGAUUGCAAGAUUUCUUGAAGUAAACAACAUAAACUUUACUCCUGUGUACAAGAAAACAAGAGCAUCAACGAAAUCUUUUAUUAGUAAAGAACAAAUAGAAUUAAAAGAUGUUAGAAACGAAAAUGACACAUUUUUAUAUUCUUUUGUUAAUAAUGAUAAGAAACUGACUGUCAAGAUAACUUCUAGUGAAAUUGUUGAAGUUUCUUGUGAUAUUUGCACAGAGUUUUGCGAACAUUGUCACACUCUUUUAACAAUCAUUGAAAGCAAAGAUGAAGAAAAUCAUUUUUAUAAUUCUUCAAAGCGAACAAGCGACGACAAAAUUGAAUCUCAAUCAAAGAGAUUGAAAUUAGAUGAAGAAAAUCUUGAAAAUGAUUCAAAUAUUCUCAACUCAUCCAUUGAUGUCCAGGAGAUAAAGAUUAAAAAGAAGAAAAAAGUAAAAGAAGAUCCAGCAGAAUCUUUCAAAAAUUUAGAAAAAUUGAAAGUUUUAACAUCAGAAAAUCUUAUGAAAGCAUUUGGCAGAGAAAGUCAAGAAAGAACAUUCACAGAUUUCACUGAAUUUUGUGCUAAAAUUAUGAAAGAAAAUUCAAGUUUAAUUGCACUUGCUCAUGACUUGACAGUCGAACAAGCAGACACAACAACUUGGCAUGAGCUUCGAAUCGGAAGAAUAACUGCAUCGAGAUUUCACGAAGCAACACGCUGCACAAUGAAAAAUGGUUCAUUUGUCGAUAAAGUUAUGGGUAAGAAAAGUGGUUGGAGCUUCGCGAUGAUGAGAGGAACAGUUCUUGAAGAAUAUGUGUUUGAAGAAGUGAAGAAGGAAUUUCCACAACUUCAACGUUCUGGUCUCAUCAUGAACCAAAACACAAAUCCAUUGUUCGCUGCAUCCCCUGAUGGACUUCAUGAUGAUUUUGUUUUAGAAAUCAAAUGUCCAAGCACUCAACACACUUUCGAACAGUACAUUGACGUUAAUAAACUUUCAAAGAAAUAUUUCGCUCAAAUUCAAUUGCAAAUGUUUGUAACUGAGAAGAAGAAAGCUCUGCUUGCUGUCGCACAUCUCGACUUUGAAAAGACCCGGGAAUUGACAAAAGUGUGGAUUCCACUUGAUCCUGACUACAUUGAAGAAAUGAUUCAACAAGCAACAGAGUUUUAUGAAAAAGCAAUUUUUCCUGCUCUUAAAAAGAAGUUUCUGAAAAAACUUUAAACUUUGACGAUUAAAAUUAUGAAAAUAAAGAAAAUUUUUUACACCA